AUGUUCAGAUUUAUCAGAAGUAUCCGCAGCCAUUUUUUCCACACCCUGUUCUACGGAAGCGGGCCCGACACGUGCACAUCUUCCAGCAUAAUGGACAUUCCAGAUAUUCUACCAGAUGCCUUCGCUAAUAUGCUCAGUUAUAUCUGUACUGGCGCCGUGAAGAAUCUCAACCGGGACAACGUCUUUGAAACCAUGAGCUGUGCUGCCAAAUACGAUAUAUUAUUGCUGGUUGCCCAGUGCACUCAAUUUAUCCUCAGUAACCUUAACACGGAUAACUGCCUCGAAGUUCUGGACAAGGCGGUGCAUUGUACAUGUUCAGAGCUGGCAUUGUGUAUUAAAGACGAGUGUUUGCGUCUGAUCGAUGAGUCGGCGGAAGCAGUUUGGCAGUCGGAUCGAAUCUGUGCUAUCGGACAAGACACACUGGAAAUCGUUCUUCAACGGGAUACUUUGGCUGUCGACGAAGCUACCAUCUGUUCAUCGGUUGAAAAGUGGGCUGCGGCUACGUGCCGGCAAAGGAAUAUUGAAGUUUCCUCGCGUAACCGACGUAACGUCUUGGGGAAGGCAUUGUAUCUAGUUCGAUUUCCACUCCUGACCGAGACUCAGCUGCUGGACGGACCCGCUAAGACCGGUUUGUUGCUGGAAUCAGAACUAUGGGAUAUUUUCCACUACAAACACGCCACAGUCAAGCCGGGGCUGCGGUUCCGCACGGAGGCUCGAGAAACGAUAGUUCAUGUGUUUUCUCCGGAAGAAGAUAAUAGGGAAUUCGAAAGUUAUAUCUCUAUGGAGAAUUUACUGGAUCCGGCGAAAGGAUACGUCAAUCCCGGUGACUUCUCGUUGAAACUGCAAGCCUACAUGACUGCUGAUCUCCUUUCUGCAACGUUUAAAUAG